GUGCUGUGCACAGUUGAAUUAAGAAGAAAAAAAUGUCCCUCCUUUAUUAUUAUUCGAUGUUUCUCAAUUGUCACUUCACUUUUUUGUUGAUCUUCUUUCGUUCUUUUCACUAUUUGUUUUUUCUCUAUUGUUGUUGAUUUAAGUCCACAAAUACGAUCUUUAAGAAAAGCAGCGCUUUCCGGCUUAUGUGACGGCAUCUGCAGAUGCUUGACUGCCAUUCCAGGUAGAAAGUAUAUUCCCCCCAAAAAAAAACGGAACACCAUACACGCACACACAUCAUACACCAAUAUAUCUCCAGACACCGUCGCGAUGUCGACAUCUGCCUCUUCUUAUUCGAGUCAAUGGAUCUGUCGCAAGGAUCCCCGCACGCAGCGCACCUACUACGUCAAUCGUCGCACCGGUCGAUCCACCUGGGACCCGGUGCCGCGGACAGCGAUGGAUACCGAGGCGGCGGCCGCCGUGCUCUACCCUGCUGUGGUUCCCGUCGCUGAUCCUACCAGCGCAUCGGUGAGUCUCACCUUGUCCAACGAGGCGAGGAGUUCACCGACGACUCCACAGGUUUGUACGGUGAACUCGAAAGCUUCUCUGACGCGCAACUCUGACAGCGACACGGACAGAGACGCGAGUGAAGGCAACAGGGUGAAAAAGGCGGUUGUGCCUCCAACAGGCCCAUCGACCAGAGGCAGCGAGGCAGAUGGUAAUCAUACUGCUGAACGCACGAACGUAGCGCAUGCGUCCCCCGUCACCAGCUCCUCAGCUAGCGACUCUACCCCAGCGCCGCAGCCACCGCGUCAACCCGCACAACCGCCAUCGGCGCACGAGCCAGCAAAACUCACCGCCGCCCCCGUCUUCUUCACCGCUCCCUCCACGUCGUCCUUACACAUUCCUUACUCACCGUCCGCUUCCUCCGCGGUGUUUGCGGACAUGAAGGGCGCGACAACGUUGGGGACGACUCCGGUGCAGCUCUGCCACGGUUUCCAAAAGGACGCGAAGCACGGCGCAGACUUCUUGACGGCCUGCGUCGCCUCUGCGUCUGUGCAACCACCGCCCGCCACGGUGAUGCGGUCGCCGCCGAAUCAGACGGCGUCGUCCUCCUCCCCGUUCUCUCCCACCCUGGAAAUACGUCGCACCGCGCCGACUACGGACCCCUCAACGCCUUUUUUGCUGAACGAGACGCAGCGGCCCAGCGGUGACAACUCCUCUCUCUCUCCGGUAGCCGGCGGCAGUGGACCAUCGCAGCUCCUCCCGCCGCCGCCGCCGCCGCCGCUGCCGUCCCUCGUCUCUCAUCCUGUGAUGUCCGCUGCACGAGGCGCUGGAAACGAACGCGUCGACGGGAUCGGCACCACCGACUUCACUGCCCCAGCGAUUGAACCGAGCAAUAAGGCAUGUGCGUCUUCCUCGUCCUCUCCACCACCCCCACCACCACUUCAGCAACAACGGCAGGAGGAGGAUGUCAGCGGCGAUGAAGAGGCGGCAGCGGCAGAGGAGUGGCGCCUCACGCGACGCGUGUGGGAGCUGGAGGGCGAGCGAGCCCGACUGGAGAGUGAGUUGGCGGUGCUGCGUGGUCCAGUGGAGGUGGAGGCGCAGAGCAUCGCAGAGGAUCACGCACGCCUGCUUGAAGCACAACGGGCGCUGGAGACGGCGGCGACGUUGGCGGUCAACCAGCAGAAAACGAAGCGGGAGGAGCUGGACGGGUUGCAGCAGCGCCUGACUGAGUUACAGGAGCAGCGUGAAAACGCAAAGUUUCUCAUUUCCACGAUGCAGGAGCGCCUGUCGUUGGUGAAGGAGCGCUGCCACAGAGUACAGGACGAAGGGGAGCGGCUGAAUCGAGAGAGAAGAGAGUUGGAGGAGGUUCUCCUGCCGACCGAGGAGGCGGCGUCGCGUGAUGUACAGAAUCGCCUCUACGAACAACGACAACGGGUAGCGGCACAGCGGCAGCAGCUCGAUGACCUUGAACGUGCUAUCACUCGAGGACGCAGUGAUGUACAGCGACGGAAGCAUCGUUUGGAUGAGCUGACUGCGAUCGCCGUUGACGAGGGCCAUAUCUCAAAGAAUGGGGAACACAGCUUAGCUUCGCUGGCUGCCCGCAAGAAGAGCCAAACUUGGAAAGAAGAAAGUCUCUCACGGAAAGGCACGAAUGAUGCACUUGUGGUGACGGUGGCAGAGACCGCUGCAAGUCCCUCCGAACACGGAGAGCAGCUGCACGCACGUAUCGCAGAACUGCAGCGCGAGGUCUCCUCUCUCCAGUUUGCUAGUGGAGCCCUUUACGAGAAUACACUGCUCACAGCGCAGCAGCAAGUGCUGCGGGAGUGGACGCAGCGCUUGCGGGGCGAAGCGGAGCCAUGGCAGCGACCCCUGGAAGAGGCCCGUGCAAUGCUGCAAAAGCUGAAUCGGUUUUACGAAGCGCAGGCAUGCAAGUACGGCACACGCACGCAGGACUCCUGA